GGGCCGUUUCUAACACUGACGUGAGGCGAUUCCGGGCUCUCGAGACUCUGGCCCCUGACUCCGCUUCACAGCGGGGUCGCAGACUCCCCAGCCUUCCAGCCUCCGGCUUCCCGCCGCAGAGCGCCUGCCAGGGCCACAAUGAGUCUGUUUGGAACAACCUCGGGCUUUGGAACGGGUGGGACCAGCAUGUUUGGCAGUACGACCACAGACAACCACAAUCCUAUGAAGGAUAUUGAAGUGACAUCUUCUCCCGAUGACAGCAUUGGUUGCCUGUCGUUUAGUCCACCAACCUUGCCAGGGAACUUCCUUAUUGCGGGAUCGUGGGCGAAUGAUGUCCGCUGCUGGGAAGUUCAGGACAGUGGACAGACGAUCCCCAAAGCCCAGCAGAUGCACACUGGGCCCGUGCUUGAUGUUUGCUGGAGUGAUGAUGGGAGCAAAGUGUUCACAGCCUCGUGUGAUAAAACUGCCAAGAUGUGGGACCUCAACAGCAACCAGGCGAUCCAGAUUGCCCAGCAUGAUGCUCCCGUUAAGACCAUACACUGGAUCAAAGCCCCAAACUACAGCUGCGUGAUGACCGGGAGCUGGGACAAGACCUUAAAGUUUUGGGACACGCGGUCAUCAAAUCCUAUGAUGGUGUUGCAGCUCCCUGAGCGGUGCUACUGUGCUGACGUGAUAUACCCUAUGGCCGUGGUGGCAACAGCUGAGAGGGGCCUGAUCGUCUACCAGUUGGAGAACCAGCCCUCAGAAUUCCGCAGGAUAGAGUCGCCGCUGAAGCAUCAGCAUCGGUGUGUGGCCAUCUUUAAAGACAAACAAAACAAGCCGACUGGUUUUGCUUUGGGGAGCAUUGAGGGCAGAGUUGCUAUUCACUACAUCAACCCCCCAAAUCCUGCCAAAGAUAACUUUACCUUCAAAUGCCACCGAUCCAAUGGAACCAACACUUCAGCCCCUCAGGACAUCUACGCGGUCAAUGGAAUUGCCUUCCACCCCGUCCACGGCACUCUGGCCACGGUGGGCUCUGACGGCAGGUUCAGCUUUUGGGACAAAGAUGCCAGAACUAAGCUAAAGACUUCGGAGCAGUUGGACCAGCCCAUCUCAGCCUGCUGCUUCAACCACAACGGAAACAUAUUUGCUUACUCGUCUAGCUACGACUGGUCCAAGGGACAUGAAUUUUAUAACCCCCAGAAGAAGAACUACAUUUUCCUGCGUAACGCAGCUGAAGAGCUAAAGCCCCGGAAUAAGAAGUAGUGGCCUGUACCUUGGGCUGCCCUGCCUCGUCUCUGUGAAUGGGUUCCCAGCUUGCGGACCUCACCCUAGAGAGAGCAAAGCCAACCCAGCACCCAGCCCACCAAGCUCGGCGACUCCCAUCUCUACCCCAGCGCCUGCUACAGGUGUUCUCAGCAACCUGAAGGACUGCAGUGAUGGUGGGAGUCGGGUGCCUGCACCACUUACCAGUUGCCCGGUGCUUCCUUCAGCGGCGCACGGGUUAGAGAAUACUGGACCCCUCUCCGAACCGCUACUGUAUUUUGUAAUAAAAUAUUUUCAAGACAGA